UAAAAACCUAGGAAAAUGAUGAUGUCGGGCCAAAUACAAGCGUUCCCAUUGGAGAAGGAGUAUGGGAAGAAUCCUGAUAUUUCUCGAGAGGACAUCAAUAAGUUACGAGAAUGGCUGAAGACGCAACCACAUUUACCAGAAGAAUACAUAACAGAUUUGGAUCUGAUACUGAUUUACUUCUGCUGUGAAAAGAGCGCUGAAGUCUCUAAACAAGUUCUGGAUCUCCAUUUCACGCUCCGAACUCUCCUCACCACUUGGUUCAAGGAUAGAGAAGUGGACAAGAAGAUCAUCAACGCUCUGAAUACUAUCCUGAUAGCACCGCUUCCAGCACCCACAGUCAACGGUUACAAAGCUAUCUAUAGUCGACUGAUAGAUGGUGACCCUAAACGCUAUAUAUUUGGUGAUAUCAUCCGCGCGUUCAUGAUGGUCUUCGAUCUUUUGCAGUACGAAGAAGGAACUUGGCCAGGUUUUGUUCUAUUGAUAGACAUGGAUCUUGCGAGUAUGGGCCACUUAGCCAAGAUAGAUAUAUCAUUAUUGAAACAGGUCCUGUUCUUCCACCAGGAAUGUAUGUUAGUUAAGUUAAAAGAAUUGCAUUUCUUAAACGCCCCGUACUUCAUGGACAAGGUGAUGACGCUGCUGAAACCAUUCAUGAAGAAGAGUUUAAUGGACAUCAUCAAGGUACACGAAAGGGGUUCCGACUCACUCUACAAAUAUGUCCAGAAAAAUUCGUUCCCAAAAGAGUCUGGAGGGAACUAUAAAGACAACAUAACUUUAAGAGACGAGAUCAUACGCCGUUUAGAAAAUAACAAACAAUAUUUCACGGACGAAAGUAGGAGGCGCGUUAACGAAUCUUUGCGUCCAAGCGGCAAGAAAACUAUCGAAGGCUUAUUCGGAAUCGAGGGCAGCUUUAAGAAAUUGGAUAUAGACUAAGCAUUCGAGGGCAGGCA